AUGGCUGCCUCUGCCUCGGCCCCUCCGCAUCUCUCCUCCCCGGCGCUUGGAGUUGCCGACCAUGACGACAGCAACGUCUCCAGCCCCCUCAGCGAGGUUGACACUAAAGAUGACAACGACGACGAGAUCGAGCAUAUGCAUUUAGACCACGACGAAGAAGAGAGCCUCAGGCGGAGUCCGAGGAAGAAACCCCAUGUCGCCUCUGACUCUGACAGCGUCCUCUCCGACGCACACUCCGAUGUUGCCUCCGAUGGCAACAUUACUGAAGCCGAGACUGAGAGGCUCUACGAUACCCCUCGACAUCAGAGACAAAGAGACGUCGUGGUAGACCAGUUUAACGAGGGUCAAGUCUACGAGCACACUCCCAGCAAACUACACAGAACUGCCAACCUGCACGACCUCGGCGAUGACGAGUCUGCCAUUGAUGACGACGACGCCUCGACUGGCUCUCCCACAGUCGGUGGAGACUCUCCAACAAAACAUGCGACGAGUCAUGACGAAGAGAUGGAAGAAGGACACAAGAGCGACACCCAAGAGCGCAAGCGAAAGCGCACACCUGCUGCCGAGCCAUCGGAAACAGAACAGCCGCUUAGAAAACGGACAAGUUCAGUGCAUGCGCAUGACGCAGGUGCCCUGCGGCAACUCGAAGAAAUGGAUCUCCACGACGAUACAGCCACCCCUGCGAAUGGGAGCAGUGGUACACAUACGCCCGUUGAAGAGAUCGAUGUUUCCCCACGAAAAAAGCCUGCCAGUCGUGAAACUGAUCUGACAGAACGCAUAUCACGUGUAGCUAAGAAGAACACGCGUGGGUCCAAGCGAAAAGCGGCGGCUGCUGCUGAUCCGGAUCACGAUACUGAUAGCGGAAGUCAUGACGGUGCGCGUGACAGCGGCAGAGGAACAGACGUGGAUAAUCAAGGCGAUGAGGCCGAUCCAGAUGCAGACGAAGAGGUUGACUCGGUGACUGCGCACGAUGAAGAAUUGGAGCGCAAACACGCUGCGUUCAAGGACUGGACAGUCAUUGAAGAAAUGUUUGGUGUCUUUCGCGAUAGGCUCUACAAGGACCGACUGAAAAGGCUUGAAGAAGAAGAGCAGUCUCUACUCGCCGAUGUGCCAACACAUCCCGAAUAUCUCAACAUGAAGCAGUGCUUAGAUGAUAGAUUGGAGCAAAAACUGCGCGAAAUCAACAACGAGCACGAGUACCGUCUCAAAGCCCAUGAAAACCGGUCCGUGGCCCAGCGUGCCCAAGUAUGGGGUCAAUAUUACCAAGCCGUCCGGGAAAAGAGAGAGACAACCCUGGAGUCACUCAACCAAGAAUGGUACGAUAUUCAGACCGCAAGACGAAGCGCACACAGCUUGCAGGACUGCGGCCUUCUUUACCCCAAGGAUCCGGCACAGCGAGUUCGAAACGCAAUUGCCUAUAAUACCGAAGUCUCUGCCCUGGCCACCAUCGCCAAAUACGAAGGAUUCCCUGCUGGACCUGAAAUGACUGGAGCGACACCGUCAGAGCUUGAGGAUGAUCUAGCUGCCAUUGAGCGAGCAAAACGGUCGCGACACAAGCCAACAAGCCAACGACGUGAAGAGUAUUAUCCUCAACCAUUCGACCGCCUCGGCCCGGCAGGCGAACAGUUUCUCCGGGAGACUCCAUGGGCCAAUCCAAAUCAUCUAAUUCACAAGAUGUAUCCUACCACUGCUCCAGUAGAGGCACGACCAGAUGAUGCAGCCAGCCGCGGUGCGCAGCAAAUACACGGUCCUCCUCCUGUUGAUAUCAAGUCAAGCUUGAAUGCGGUUGCUCAAGCCACACAGCAGUCCCCGUCACUUUCGACACGAUUGUCAGAAUCGCCAGAGCUGACGCGGACUAUGCUCAGCCCAGCACACCAGGUGAAGAAAGUGGGCAAUCUUCCAGGCGUGAGCCGCAGUGCAAAGACGGCGGCGACAUAG